GCUCAACGGCGGUGAGCUGAGUGGCGUAAGGGCCGGAAACUACGUGCACCAUAGCUGAAAAACCAUAGCGGGGCCGAUCACCACAACCAAGACGUCGAACAGAGGUGACUCCCCUCGCUGCGCACGUAAAAGCUGUUGACCGGAUACCCCUUUAUCUCUUCCGCCUUAUUACUUUUCGUAAACCCGAUUGUAUAGUCCAAGAAUAAACAUGUCCUCUACAGACACAACAAAAAAUCCCAUUAUCAAGCUUGGUCGGGUUCUCAAACCCUCACAUUCCAACAGUGGGGACAGACCUGAGCUUCCUCGUUCUGCAACACACGAGAAGGUGGCAAGACAUGCCGCGGAGAAGCAGCACGAACAGGCAAAGCAGGAAGCCAAAAAGGAAAGGACAGAGCAUGAAAAGCAUGAGAUGCAACGCCGGCGCCAGAUUGCAGAUGAGAAGGCUCAACUAGAAGAAGAUUCCGAGACUCAGGCAAGUUAUGGUGAUAUCGAUGGCUUGGAGGAGAUCACACCGUUUGAAGAAGUGAUCGACAUGCCUGCUGGCACAAAAGUUAACAUCCGAGGUCGUAUUCACCAGCAACGGGACCUCUCUUCCCACCUCAACUUCAUUCUUCUUCGUCAACGAGGACUUGUCAUUCAAGGAAUUCUUUCUGAGCAUGCUUCGGAACACAUGAUUAAGUGGGUCCAACAUCUCCCCGGUGAGGCCAUUGUUCAAGUCUCUGGUACUCUCCGCGAACCCCCCAAGCCCAUCACAGCAGCCGUCGACACUCCUUUAGAACUCAAUAUUGAGCGUCUAUACCUUGUUGAGGCUUCUCAUGAUAUCCCGUUCAAUCUUGCACAUGGCGACCGACCUCCUCAAAGUACUCGUCUUCGUAACCGUACACUCGAUUUGCGACACCCGACCGCCCAGGCGAUCUUCAAAAUCCGUGCCAAGGUAUUGAAGGUGUUCAGGGAUACUCUUGACGAUUUGGGCUUUUUGGAAAUCAACACGCCUAAGUUACAACCUUCGGCGACAGAGAGUGGUGCAGAGGUGUUUAGGGUGAACUACUUUGGACGAAAGGCUUUCCUGGCUCAGAGUCCUCAGCUGAUGAAGCAGAUGGCAAUUUCUGCCGAUUUCCGUCGUGUUUACGAGAUCGGACCUGUCUUCCGUGCAGAGAACAGUAACACUCACCGACAUCUUACCGAGUACACUGGUCUCGACAUCGAGAUGGCUAUCCAAAAAGAGUACCAUGAGGUCUUCCGAAUCCUCGAUAUUGUUCUCCGCAACAUCUUCAACGCUCUUAAAGAAAUGAAGACUGAGCUUAAUCGGAUUCGAGAGUUCUUCCCCAGCGAUGACUUCCAAUUCCUAGAAGAGACGCCUAUCAUUCCCUUCCAAGAGGCCGUGCAAAUGUUGCGUGACGACGGCCGAGAUGUCGAAGAAGAAGAUCUCCAUACGCCAGACGAGAUUCGUCUUGGUGAAUUGAUUAAGGAGAAGCUUGGUACCGACUACUAUGUCAUUGACAAGUUCCCAGUGUCUGCCCGGCCAUUCUACACAGCCAAUGACGGAAAGAUCACCAACUCGUUCGACAUGUUCAUUCGAGGCCAAGAAGUCUGCACCGGCGGUCAGCGUAUUAACGACCCCAAGGAGCUUCGUGAGAGCAUGAAGGAGUCGCGUAUCAAUGAGGACGAAAUGGCAGAAUAUCUCCAGGCGUUCGACUGGGGUAUGCCCCCCCAUGGCGGUGCGGGCCUUGGUGUCGAGCGUAUCGUUACCUUCUUUCUCAACUUGCCUGACGUGCGAUUGUCUACACUCUGGCACCGAGAUCCCCACUCUCUCCCGGACAAACCCGCCAGUCUUCCACAUCCCGAUGCUGACACUCUUAAAACAAUUGAUCCUAACAACCCUCCUCCUAUUGAGAACCUCAUUGCCAAUUAUGGUGAUGCCACCAACACUUCAUGGCUUGACGACCGGUUCGACAUUUGGCGAGACCGCGAGACUGGUGCGGCAAUCGGCUACUCUACUAAGGACACCAAGUUCUGCAUGAUCACCGGGGACCCAUUAUGUGAUGAUGGCCAGAAGAAGCAGGUGACAAAGAGGUUCCUCGAUUUUAUCAGGCGCGAAGUCAAGAUGAAACCCAUAUGGCUAUUAGUCUCUGAGAUGAUGGAAGAAAUUUUGGCAUAUGAGUUUGGCUGGCGAGCAUUGAGCUGUACUCAAGAGCAGCGAAGCGAUUCCGACAGAGCAGAUUCUAGUGUCAUCCAAAAUUCCAAGCAGAAAAAGGGAGUGUUCAAGGUCAGAGAAGUGGAGCCCACAGAAAAAAUUCAGAGGAAAUGUGAUGCGAGGAUCGAAGAAUGGAGCGCCGGAAGGGAUCACAAGGGCAAGCAGGUACAUCUUACAGAAAUUGCCCCUUGGAAGGAUACCGAGCACAGACGGUACUUUAUUGCCGAGUCUGACCAUGAAGCCAACGAAAACGGCGAAAAUAACAAGUUCCAGAGCAGAAAGGGUGAGCAAACAAUCGACACUCUUGUCGUUCUUGCUCGUCUUGCCCCUUCAAAGGGUUAUCAGCUUAAGUGGGCUCUCGACUUCCCCGGAUCCCCAAAUGGCGCUAUCGAGUCCACCGUCCAAGCUGCUUUGUCUGCCGUUCCAGGUGAACCUGUUACUUUCGGUACUGCCGUAUCCGAGAGUUUGGUGACCAAGCACGGUAUUGGAGGUCUUCGAGCUAGCUUCAUGGAGAGGACUUACAGAAGUAUUGUGAAGAGUUUGUCGUUGGACAAGAAGGCAGGAUUUAGGGAGAAAUUUGGUGUAACCGGGGAUUUAACUUAUAUCUGUUACCCGAAGGGAGGUGUGAAAGCGUACGAGCUGAAGGAUAUUGUCAAGUUCUUUGAAUAGACAAAGAUAUGCCUAGCAGAUAACCCUCAUAGAUUGUACAAUAGGCUAGU